UGCGUGUUCAGUCAGAGUGCUGAAGGCGAGAAUUUGAGCUGCGAGCGCGGACGGGACGGGUGCGUGCGCGCGCUCCCUCCCCUCCCCCCACCGUGGCCAUGAUAGUGUUCGUCAGGUUCAACUCCAGCCAUGGUUUCCCAGUGGAGGUUGAUUCAGACACCAGUAUCUUCCAGCUCAAGGAGGUGGUUGCUAAGCGACAGGGAGUUCCAGCUGACCAAUUGCGUGUGAUUUUUGCAGGGAAGGAGCUUAGGAAUGACUUGACACUGCAGAACUGUGACUUGGCCCAGCAGAGUAUAGUUCAUAUUGUUCAGAGUCCCCUAGACAGUGGUCAGAAAAGGACUGAUGUUGAAACUGCCAACGCUGGAGGUAUUCUAGGAGGCAUGGAAAAAGAGCCUGAAAGUCUAACCCGUGUAGAUCUUAGUACCAGCAUCCUCCCAUCUUAUUCUGCAGGGCUGGCUGUUAUUCUGGAUACUACAGACAACAGCAUUUCCCUUCCAUCUGAUAAAUCAGGUGCAGCUAGUUACAACAGUUUUUAUGUUUUCUGCAAAAGUUUCUGCCAAACUGUGAAGCCUGGAAAACUGCGGGUCCGUUGCAGUACAUGUAAAGAAGGGACACUGACUCUGACAAGGGGUCCAUCUUGCUGGGAGGAUGUGCUGAUGCCAAACAGAAUAGCUGGCACUUGCCAAUCCCGAAACUGUCGUGGAGAUAUAGCGGAGUUUUAUUUUAAAUGUGGAGCACACCCAACUUCUGACAGUGAAACAUCUGUGGCUUUGAACCUCAUUACAACAAACAGCCAGCAUAUCACAUGUAUAACAUGCACAGAUAUUAGGUCUGCUAAACCUGCUAUCUGCGUGGAGUGGCACAGCGCACUGAAAGAACACACACACAACACAAGCCAAUUGACAACACAGGAAUUACUUCAAUGUCUUUGGGAGAGGAAGUUAUGGGGGAUGAUAGGGGUGGAAGAACUCCAUUCCACUCCCCUACAUUCAUGGCACAGUACGGGGGGAAGAACAGGGUCUGCUUCUCUCUUGCUCUCCUGUAGAAGUCCUGUGCUGGUGUUCCAGUGCUUGCAUCGCCAUGUCAUUUGCCUGGACUGCUUCCAUUUAUACUGUGUGACUAUGCUGAAUGAUCGCAAAUUCAUCCAUGACCCUGUGCUUGGCUACUCUCUCCCAUGUGUUGCUGGCUGUCCAGACUCCUUGAUUAAAGAGCUUCAUCACUUCAGAGUUCUGGGAGAAGAACAGUACAACCGCUAUCAGCGCUAUGGUGCAGAAGAGUGUGUGCUGCAGAUGGGUGGAGUGCUGUGUCCUACCCCAGGAUGUGGUGCUGGCCUGCUUCCUGAACCAGAAGUGAGAAAAAUAGUAUGUGAGCCAAGCAAUGGACUGGGCUGUGGGUUCGUGUUCUGCCGUGAAUGUAAAGAAGAAUACCAUGAUGGGGAAUGCAGCACUCUCGUCAGUUCACAGGAAGCCAUAGCCCAGAAGGGAUAUGUGAUUGAUGAGCAUGCAGCCAUGCAAGCACGAUGGGAAGAGGCAUCCAGAGAAACAAUCAAGAAAACAACCAAACCAUGUCCUAGUUGCCAUGUACCAGUAGAAAAAAAUGGUGGAUGCAUGCACAUGAAAUGUCCCCAAGCUCAAUGCAGAUUUGAAUGGUGCUGGAACUGUGGUUUGGAGUGGAACAGGACCUGCAUGGGAGACCACUGGUUUGACUAAUAGUUCAGUAGUGCUAAGAACAGCCAACCACUUGAUUGUUGUCUGGGUCAAAUCCUGAACUUACUGCUUAGGUAUAACUCCCAUUGGCUUCUGGAUCAAGAAGUUCAGAAUCAGGCCUACUGUUUGUUUGUUUAUUUCCUUGUAUAUCAGAGCACACUAAAAAUUAAGCUAAGGUAAUCUUAAGAGUUUUAAACCCACAAAGGCAGGAGAAAUUCAGGCGGCCAGACUCACUAGUGCUGGCACAGGAGGGGUAAAUUACAUCUCCCUGCACCAGAGCACCCUACUGGUAUAUAGGGCAGGCAACGUCACCACCAGCAACUCUCCUUGGGUUUCUGUUCUUUCAGUUAUGAUCAGGGCUCCAUAAAUCUCACUGGCAAAAGCAGCAAUGGGGGUAUGCACUGAAUCAGAGCUGCCCUUUCUCAGUUAGCACAAUCCAAUUUGGGGGAAAUUCUGGCUCUUUACAUCUCCCCUAGUGGAAGGGAGACUGUGGCAAUUUUCUGCCUUUGCAGUCUUCUUCCCUGACAGAUUAUCAGCUGGGGCCCUGACUCUGACCCAGAGUCUUAGUAGAAACAGCAGACUUAGACAUCCUAGUUGUGCCUGUAUAUUUGAAACAUACGUUAUGAAAAAUCACUCAAUAUAUUCCGUACAGAUUCAUAUCAUAUGCAGCUUUUACAGGAUUAGUAAAAGAUGCAGUUUCAGCCUUAACUCUGAAUGUAUUUGCUGUGCUGGCUGCAAGUCAGAGUAACGGUGUUAUAUGAGCAAAAUUCCUGAGAUUUUGUUUCUUUUGUUUUGCUUACCGCAAUAUUUUUGGCAUGAUAUUGGGGCAGCUUCUUGGGGCUUAUUAUCACAAUGGUGGUUCUGUGGAGAUUUAUUAGGAUUUGGGUGUAAUUAUGAAAAUGUGUUCACUGCAUAAACAAUCAAGGCAUCUGCAUUCAUUUUGGUGAGUGCAUGUUAAUAGGCGUGCACCAGGUAUUUGCCACACCUCAAAAUCUGAACAUCCUUCCUAUCUCACCUGCUUUAAACUGUUUUGGUUUGUGUUUUUUUUUAAAUACCAAAAGGCCGGUCAUAGGCUAUGUAAAGAUUUGCACAGCUCAAAUUACAAAAGAAGAAUAAAGCAGUUGAAAUGAGUGGACUUUUGUGCUCCUUAUUGUACUUUCUGCACUUGAAUAUAAUAUAAAUGAGUAAAAAGAUUUUGGACCUGAUCCUUAGCUGGUGUAGAUUGUUGAUUUACACUAGUUGAGAAUCUGGCGCUUUGAUUAAGAACUUCUUUAUUAGAAGAAAAUAAAUUCUAGGGCUAAGAACUUCAUGAU